AUGUGUGAUAUGGGGGGACUGGAUAACCUGAUCGCCAACACAGCAUAUUUACAGGCCAGGAAAAGUGGAGAAGUCGAUGCCAAGGAGAUGCAAAAAAGGCGGAGGGCCCUUGAACUGCCAAAGAUUGAGGAAUGCACUGCAAUCAAGCAAUCCAUUACUAUGGACUAUGACAGCAUUUGUGACCAACAGCCUAUCGGCAAAAGUUUUUUCAGGGAAUUUCUGGAGACUGUGCCUGAAUAUUUGUUGGUUAGAGAGUUUCUGGAUGAAGUGACUAAUUGGGAGUUAGCAGAAGAUAAUAUCAAAAGCAGCCUCCUUGAGGGCAUGGUCAACAUGUACCUGAAGAAUGUCAGCAACAGCUACUUGAAAUUUCUCAGUGCAGACCUGUCCAGCAAGUGUCAGUCUGUGGCUAAGGAUGACUUUGAAAAAGUUAUGGAGUCAGCCAGAGACGAGGCCAUUACCUACCUUAAAGGGAAACCAUUUCAGGACUACCAAACUACUCCAUUCUUUGACAAGUUCUUGCAAUGGAAAGCCUAUGAGAAGCAACCUGUAACCGAAAAGCUCUUUGAUGAGUUCCGAGUCUUAGGAAAGGGGGGCUUUGGAGAGGUUUGUGCCAUCCAGGCGAGAAAUACUGGGAAGAUGUAUGCCUGUAAGAAGCUGGACAAAAAAAGAUUGAAGAAAAAAGGUGGUGAAAAGAUGGCUUUGCUAGAGAAGGAGAUCCUUGAGAAAGUCAACAGUCGUUUCAUUGUCACUCUGGCCUAUGCUUAUCAAAGUAAAACUGCUCUGUGUCUUGUCAUGAGUCUCAUGAAUGGUGGGGAUCUUAAAUAUCACAUUUACAAUGUAGGUGACAGAGGCUUGGAAAUGAAUAGGAUCAUCUUCUACUCUGCUCAGAUCACUUGUGGGAUGCUGCACCUUCAUUCCAUCAAAAUUGUCUACAGGGACAUGAAGCCAGAAAAUGUCCUCCUGGAUGAUAAUGGUCACUGCCGAUUGUCUGAUCUUGGCUUGGCUGUGGAAGUCAAGGAGGGUAAACAAAUCAACCAGAGGGCUGGAACGAAUGGAUACAUGGCUCCUGAAAUCUUAAAUGAAGAAAGUUACAGUUACCCUGUUGAUUGGUUUGCUAUGGGAUGCAGUAUUUAUGAGAUGGUUGCUGGUCGAACACCAUUCAAGGAUUUCAAAGAGAAGGUCAAUAAAGAUGAAGUUAAAAAAAGAACCUUAGAAGAUGAGCCUAAGUUUGAGCAUGCUAAUUUUGAUCAGCCAACAAAAGAUAUCUGUAAACUGUUCUUGGAGAAGAAACCAGCAAAUCGUUUGGGAAGCAGGAGCAAUGAUGAUGAUCCCAGGAAACAUUCUUUCUUCAAGACAAUAAACUUCCACAGGCUGGAGGCAGGCCUUAUAGAUCCUCCCUUUGUGCCCGAUCCAUCCGUUGUCUAUGCCAAAGAUGUUGCAGACAUUGCCGACUUCUCUGAAGUACGAGGAAUUGAAUUUGAUGACAAAGACAAGCAGUUCUUCAAGAAGUUUGCCACAGGUGCUAUUCCGAUACCUUGGCAGGAAGAAGUGAUUGAAACAGGAUUGUUUGAUGACCUCAAUGAUCCCAACAGAGUAGUUGCAGUUGAGAGCAAAUCUGGAGUUUGUUUGUUGUUAUAA